AUAUAUUGAAACUAUUAUAUUAUCACACCGCCCGUUUUGUCAACACUUCCUCCAUGUGAAGCACGGGACCUGUGUGCUCAGCUGGAUUGGUCUAUCACUACAACGGUUAUCAGUCUGCUACAGUCUCCGCUCCUCAAACAGCUAGCUAGCUGUCGCUGCUCACACCGCAGGCAAAAAGGAGAAGGUACCUCAUAAUUGUGACUUCAUGGCCUAAGACACACGUUAAGGAACCAUUCUGCCUGCAGUUCCCGUCUGAUGGAGCAGUGGUUGUCAGUCUUUUUGAAAAGGCACCAUGUUUCCUUGUCACGUAACCCCCUGGCCCUCCACUGAGCCACCAGCCUCCUGCGGCAGUCAUGCACCCUCAGCGCAGCCCCUUCCUGACCUGCUGUGCAGCUGUCCUGCUCCACCUUUGAACACCCACUCUGAGACACCCUCCCCGGACCCCAUGGAGUCCCUCAUUGUAGUCACGGAGUACGAACCCAGCAGGCCACCUGGAGAGGCUGGGGAGGAGGAGGAGGUAGAAGAAAUGGACAGUUCUGAGACGCCCGAGCCAGCUUCUUCUGUGGCGACAACUUUCAGGACUCCUUCCUGCGACCUGUUGUCCCACACAGUUGGCCGAUCAGAGGCUCUGCUACCAGAAAGCCAAGAGCAAAGGGGAAGAUUAAACCUGUCAGACAGGAAACUAUCUCUGCAGGAGCGCUCACAAAGUGCAACAUCACCCUGCAGCUCUCCAGGACUCAACGGGCGCUAUAUUUACCCAUCGUUACCCUACUCACCCAUCACAUCACCCCACUCCUCUCCACGCUUGCCCCGCCGACCCACUGUGGAGUCCCACAGUGUUUCUAUCACAGACCUUCAGGACUGUGUUCAACUCAACCAGUAUAAGCUGAAAGAUGAGAUUGGAAAGGGCUCCUAUGGUGUUGUCAAGCUGGCUUACAAUGAGGAUGACAACACGUACUAUGCGAUGAAGGUGUUGUCCAAGAAGAGGCUGAUGAGGCAGGCAGGUUUCCCACGGAGACCUCCCCCUCGUGGAGCCAAAGCAGCUCCUGAGGGUCCACCUCAUCCUAAAGGACCCCUGGAGCGGGUCUAUCAAGAGAUUGCCAUCCUGAAAAAGCUGGACCAUUCCAAUGUAGUAAAACUAGUGGAAGUUUUGGAUGACCCCAGCGAGGACCAUCUGUACAUGGUGUUUGAGCUGGUCAAGCAAGGGGCUGUGAUGGAGGUGCCGACAGAUAAACCUUUCAGUGAGGACCAGGCACGUUUUUACUUCCAGGAUCUGCUCAGGGGAAUCGAGUAUUUGCAUUACCAGAGGAUCAUCCAUAGAGACAUCAAACCCUCUAACCUGUUGGUGGGAGAGGAUGGACACAUCAAGAUUGCAGACUUUGGAGUCAGUAACCAGUUUGAGGGAGCUGAUGCCCUCCUGACAAGCACAGUGGGAACACCUGCUUUCCUCGCCCCUGAAGCGCUCUCUGAGACCAGGAAGAACUUCUCUGGAAAGGCUAUAGAUGUUUGGGCCAUGGGAGUGACGCUUUAUUGCUUCGCCUUUGGAGUGUGUCCAUUUAUGGAUGAGCGCAUCCUCAGUCUUCAUCAGAAAAUCAAGACACAACCAGUGGUGUUACCUGAACAUGCCGACAUAUCAGAUGAUCUCAAAGAUUUGUUGCUGAAAAUGUUGGACAAGAAUCCAGAGACCAGGAUAUCAGUCACACAGAUUAAGGUGCACCCAUGGGUGACGAGGCACGGGGCCGAGCCCCUCCCCCUAGAGGAUGACAACUGCUGUAUGCUGAUUGAGGUGACCGAGGAGGAGGUGGAGAAUUCGGUUAAACACAUCCCCAGCCUGGCUACAGUGAUUCUGGUGAGGACCAUGCUGAGGAAACGUUCCUUCGGGAACCCCUUUGACUGGGGCCGUAAAGAGGACCGCAGCAGCUUGUGUGCUGCAGGGCAAACGCUCAUGAAAGGCAAAGCAGGCAAUGUGAGAUACUGCUACAUACAUUGUAACCAAAAAAGGAAGCAGGAGAGUGGUGAUGGCAUGAGGAGUAUGGACCUGCCCUACGUGGGAGAAGAUGAGGCUCUUUCCUGAUGCGGAGUGUUUAUUAUGCACACUGGUAUCUGCCUGCCUGCAACCACACAGCACGACAUCCCUUUACUCACAUUUUUUUACUGGCAGCCUACACCUACGUACGUUUCCUGGGAGGUGGACAGGCGUGCUAGAUGCAGAAAAAAAGGGAGAAAUUGGAGCAUCUAAGGCACUUUGAAAACCAUCCGCUAAGCUUUUAUUCCAUUUCAUAAGGCUUAGCGUGGGACUUGUGACAGUCACUUGGGAAACUUCCAAAAGAGGAUCCUCCUGACCCUUGAACUUGUCUGCAGCUCUUAUCACCUAACCCAGUUUCCUCCUCUUAUCCUGCAUGCAUUGAUAGCCCUAGCAUGCUUUGUCUCAGGCUUCAACUGUACAGUUUUGUGUUUUAUUGUAGUGUAGCCACUUGUGUUUCUCGUCUUUACUUGAGGAUACUUUCAGGUACACAAGGGCAUGGGAACAGGAGAUGAUGAUGGUUUUGUGGGGAGGGAUGGUUGUCUUCACCAUCACCUUGACAUCAGUCUUUAGUACAGCAGGUUUCCUGACGAUGAUUGUCUGGUUCACUCUGCAUUAGAGUAGCAGUGCCCAGUUUUUGUAAUAUAUGAAUAAUGUGUACAGUUUUCCUGAAAUGAAAAAGGGGAGUGAUAAAAUGUUUACUUCAUUGAAUGCAUGUGUUUAUUUUCCCAAUGCAACUCUGUAUAAGCUAUUUAUAAACACCUGCACGCUCAUAGACACAAUUGUUUGAUGCAAUUUUUCUUUUUUCAGUCUUACCAGUGGCUCUUUAUUGAGUCUCCUAUUUACUACAAUCAGUAGAAAGCUUUAAAAACACUUGAUACAGUGCUUUGUGAACAAUCAAAUUCAUCAUUACUGCAUUCAAGAUAGCAUAGGAAAAAAUGGGAUUUUAUUCUUUUGCAAAGCUUUUGCUUCUAGUGACUCUUUUUUAAGUUAGCAAUCAUAUGAUUUUUAGGUGUUUGCUAUAUAUUUUUUAAUUCAUAGGGCUGCAACAAGUUGAGUAAUGAAGGUACUGAUGCAUAUGAGAAAAAAAGAAUGUGUUGGUGCAAAAUUAGUCUGUAGGUUAAAACAGUUUUUUAUGUUUAAACUGUAAAUCAGUUUUCUCCAAUUGUUUGGACAAAUAAGGUCGUGAGGCAGCGGAACAGCAGAGUUUCACAUGUUUCAGAUGUGUCAUGUAUUUGUUUCUCUUCUCGUAGUGGAUGUUUGUGUGUAGACUGAAAACAGAAAACAGUGACAAUUUAACCUCAAGUUAAAAUUGUGAAUGUUCUUACUUUUUUUGUUUUGUAUUGUAAGAAUUACUGAUGUUAUUUUAAAACCGCACAUUUACAGGACACCAAAAACCUUGAGUGAUGUAUAAUGUUGUUAAGUCACUUAAACAAACAAACCUUUAAACUAUUUGUUCUUAUUGAACUACAAGAGCUGGCUCCCGCAGUAGGUUUUGAGAUGGAAGCAUAGUGCAGCUGCAGACUUUUUGUACAAAUCUAUGCAUAUCUGUAGAAGCGUUGAACUGCUGUAAAAACCGUUGUCAUCUUUGGUUGGAGGAGUAGGCCACUCUGCAAAUAUUUCUAAUUAAUUAUAAAGUACUUUUUUAUUUAUUCAUGUCCUUCAUUUUAGAUGAUCCCAAUGCAGUAAAUCAGCAUUUCCCCACUUCUGUUCCUUUUGUUUACUCUACGAUUUCUUCAUUUUCUCAAAGACAUUAGAGCUAGAAUAGAUAAAGUCACAUGAUGUGUCUCUAGUUAACAUAGAAUAUUGACACAAUAUUGAUUAUAACAUUUAAUGCUUCCAUACACUAAUAACUUCAGCACUUAAGUGCUAAAGUUAUGAGAAAGGGACUUUGGAUUUUUUUUUUUUUUACCUUACUACUUGCAUGUCACUCUGAACUGUACGUACUAUAUGUCUGUUUCUUAAGACUAGUACUAUGCAUAUGAUGUGUCUUUCUUUGUAUGGUGCAAUGGUAUGCUCUGUCAGAUUGUCACAUACAGUGUGCAAACUCACUGGAUGGAUGAGGAGGGCUUUAUGAGGUUGACCGAAUCGUUUCACCUUUGCUUACCCAAGGUUUAAGUCUUAUUAACUUGUGCUCUUCACUGUGGAGUGCUGCAAACAGAGACAACCAAUCCGGCUUUAAAUUUCCAUAAAAUUACUAUGCUGAACUUUUGAAUUUUCAUUUAAACAUUUUGCUCUCCACACAUUUAUGAAAGAUAACAUAUUAGGAUAUAUUGUCAUUUGCUAUCAACUAUUGUUACCUAUGUAAGUUUUCACCCUGAGUAAAAUAAGAACAGGCAUUAGGCUUUUAUGUGAAUAUUUUUCCCUCCAUGACCAACAGGAAUGAACCGAAGGACAGUUUGGGUCUGAAUCUUGGGUGACAGUGCAAGCCACAAAAAAAGCUGUAUGCUAAAUAUUUUAUACAUACAAUAUUUAAACUUGUAGUAUGUUUCAAUGCAGUCUUGGCCCAGUCUCGUCAGAAUAGCCAGGCAACAGUGAGUGAUUAACCUUUAUUGUUCACAUGGUUUUGAAUUCUAUAGUGUCAUUAAUUUUAUUGAGAGCUUUGGGGGCUCUUUUCCCCUAAAUGCAUGCCAACAUACUGAACACAUACCACUGUAUUGUCAUAGCAUGAGAGGUCUCUGACAACAAAAUUAGACCUUUAAAUGAAUUCUUCUAUACAUACUGUAUCUUGUUCAUCAUUUGAAUAAAAUAUUAUUGCCUUUC